AUGGAGACCAGGAGUCAUGCGAAGCGCGCAGGACGCUAUGCGCCUGCGCCUGCCCCCUCACUGCCGCUGAUGGCGACGCGACAUAGAGGGAUUAACCCUCUCAGCUCUUCGCCGCGCAAGAGCCAAAGCACGCAAGGAUCCAAGGGGAAGCUUCUGAGGGACCCGGUCGCUCGGCGCAACGCUCCAGUCGAUACCGCUAGUAUUGCGAGCAUCGCAACGGAGCCCAGUCGGGUUGACGAUGAGACCGAGUUUGGCGAGGAUGAAAAGCUUGUUGAGGAUGUCAAGCCUGCCGAUGGUCGCGAUUACGUCGAAUCCAGCAUUUAUAGUGAUGAGGAGGGCGCAUCGUUUGAAGAUCACAGCGAGGAGAUUCGAGUCGGCUUGGAGGCCAAUGACGCCAGACGAAAAAUCCUAGAGCUCAGCAUCCCCGACUUGUGCAGGGCAGCUGACGACUUGAUGGAGUAUAUCGAAAAACGAGACACGGAUCCAGAUGUCUUCCAUGGCCGGCUUGCAAUCAAGAGACGCGCCUUUCAGAGCGUCCGAGCAGAGUACGAGGAAGAAGACACGACACCCUUUAUCGACUGGGCGCCCUUUCUCAGCGAGUCUGCCGCACUCGCACGCGUCAAUGUGGUGACAGCAUUUGACAAACUUUGCGACUUUAACCCUGACAACGAAAGGGAGAUGGCAUCCUUCUUGACAACCCUUUGGCCCUUAUUUCCAGCGUGGUUUGUCCUAGAAAAGUCCAUGUUCCAGGAACCUGAAACCAUGCUGGACCUUCGCACAUGGCUUUUCAUCGAAUCCUUUUCCCGUCAAACCGGCGAGACCGACUACAAGAGACUCAUAGCCUCCAUAUUCUGCAAAGAUGAGGGCGAGGUGAAAAUAAAUUACGCCCAGCUGUUCGCCGGUGGCCAUUUCCUGGAACUUGGGGGGGAAGGCGAGGAUCACGAUGAGCUCUGCUCAGCACGCGUCUCCGAAAUUGUCAAUAUUGUUCAUAAGAAGAAGGCUGGAGAAGCCAUCAGCCUACUGAGGGAGAAGUUUGGUCUGGAUCAACUGAUCCCAGAGCUUCAGAGUACUUUCAAGGCCCUUUACAAAAUUCUAAAACCUGCCGAGAAACAAGCUUCGGUACAGCUCGACACUCGGACUUUCACUCCCUACGAACACCAACAAGAGAGUAUUAUGGGGAGCCAAGCUGACGAUCUCGCAUCCGAAUCGCAGUCGAUUAUCCGCGCCGGGACUGGCGAGGCCGAGCCAAGUCUGUUUGUUGGACAAGAGUCCAUCCGGGCUUUGCAAGAAGGGAAUAGGGGAGAGAGCACGGUACCACCAUCGAAUCAACAGCUCGUGGUACCUGGACGGAAUGCUCCUCUUGAUUACCCCGAUCACCAAAAUACGGAUCUUUUGCUCAGGGAUUCACUCCCUCCGCCUCAACCCAAGAAGAAGCGGCCUGGCCCGUUCGUGGAUGACGAUGAUGAUGAUGAUGAAGACUCCGGGGGAGAGUGUUUUGAGACUGAUACCCGUAGUGUCAAGUCGAUCAGACGCGAGGAGCCCCGAGGAUUAAUGGGCCCCCCGCCGCCCAAGAAAUCUCGAGUUCAACAAUCAGUCCCCAACUCUCAAACCUCUCCGAGCCAGACUCCGGACCCAUUGUCUGCCGCGCCACCUCAGUCCUCAGUACCCAACCUCAGGGCCGUCAAUCAGAGACGCGCAGAGAUGGCUCUCCAGAACCGCCUCAACUCAAGCCAAGGCCCACAGAAGCGCAUCCCCUGGACUGAUCAAGAUUCCAAUACGCUCAUCGAGCUCAUCGCCGAGUGUCACUGUAGGUGGUCCGUCAUACAAGAUCGAGGCAAGCAACGCUUCCAAAUACCCCGGAAUCAGCAGGCGUGCCGCGACAAGGCGCGCAACCUCAAGGUCCAAUUCCUCCUGGCGGAUGAAAAUCUGCCCCCGCUCUUCGACGAGGUUGCGCUGGGGCCAAAGGAGGUUAGGAAAGUAAAGAGUCAUGGGAAGAACCCCUUCCGCAGGGUGGCCGAUGUCGAUGAAGACGGCCGCCCGAUCGGCACUGAAUUCAGGACAGCGUCCAUGGAGACCUCUUAG